AGCACAUGUGUAUGCUUGUCACUAAGGGGCUGGGAGAAGGACUAAGGGAAGCGAGGUAGCUGGCCACAGCCGCCAUAUGCUGACUGGAUUCCUGUUCAUGUCUGCUGUGUGAAGACUGUAGGUUUCUGUUGUGUGCUGGCCGGCUGGGGAACACACCAUGGGAAGCUCACAUCUCCUCAACAAAGGCAUGCCUCUAGGCAUCAGGCCACCCAUUAUGAACGGGCCCAUGCACCCACGCCCCCUGGUGGCGCUGCUGGACGGGCGCGACUGCACUGUGGAGAUGCCCAUCCUGAAAGACGUAGCUACUGUGGCCUUCUGCGACGCUCAGUCCACACAGGAGAUCCACGAGAAGGUGCUGAAUGAAGCCGUAGGAGCUCUAAUGUACCACACCAUCACUCUAAUGAGAGAAGACCUGGAGAAGUUUAAAGCCCUGCGUAUCAUCGUCCGCAUUGGCAGCGGCUACGACAACAUUGACAUCAAAUCUGCUGGGGAACUGGGCAUCGCAGUUUGUAAUAUGCCAGCAGCUUCAGUGGAGGAGACGGCGGACUCCACGCUGUGUCACAUCCUCACCUUGUACCGACGCACCACCUGGCUGCAUCAGGCUCUCCGGGAGGGCACGCGGGUUCAGAGCGUGGAGCAGAUCCGAGAGGUGGCCUCAGGGGCGGCAAGGAUCAGAGGAGAGACACUGGGACUCAUAGGGCUCGGUCGAGUGGGCCAGGCUGUAGCCCUGCGAGCCAAGGCCUUUGGCUUCAAUGUGAUUUUCUAUGACCCUUAUUUGGCUGACGGAGUAGAAAGAUCCCUGGGACUACAAAGGGUCACCACACUACAGGACCUGCUCUUCCACUCUGACUGUGUCUCUCUGCACUGCAGCCUGAACGAACACAACCACCACCUGAUCAACGACUUCACCAUCAAACAGAUGCGUCAGGGGGCGUUCCUGGUAAACACAGCCCGGGGGGGUUUGGUGGAUGAGAAGGCCCUGGCUCAGGCUCUGAAGGAGGGGAGGAUACGUGGAGCUGCUCUAGACGUUCAUGAGACAGAGCCUUUCAGUUUCAGUCAGGGCCCGCUAAAGGAUGCUCCCAAUCUGAUCUGCACCCCACAUGCCGCCUGGUACAGUGAACAGGCAUCUCUGGAAAUGAGAGAGGAGGCAGCCAGGGAGAUCCGAAGGGCCGUCACAGGUCGUAUCCCAGACAGUCUGAAGAACUGUGUGAAUAAGGAGUUCCUCACCCAGAACAACCACUGGGCAGGAGUUGACCCAGCUACCGUCCACCCCGAGCUAAACGGGGCUUAUAGGUAUCCCCCAGGAGUUGUGAGCUUGCCAGCUGGUGGCCUCCCGCCUCCAGUUGAAGGCAUUGUGCCGAGCGCGGUGCCCAUCACACACACCCUCCCGCCCGCUGUCACACACCCUCCUCAUGCCCCAUCUCCUGGACAAAACACAGUCAAGCCACCAGAGGGCGACAGAGAGCAGCAUCCAAAUGACCAACUGUAGCCACACACUCACACACACAGGCUUGUCCGUGUUGUCUGGUAACUGGAGGAGGUCGGCAUGGCAACCGGUGUCAAAGCAGUAUGUUCCCUAGCGACAAGUUGUUAUCAGACAGGUUCAGUGUCAGAUCGACAAGUUGAGGUCCCAAAAACAAUCGAUUCCACUACUCUCUGGCAAUUGGUUCCCAGCAGCCAGUUCAUACUCCAAAGAGGAAGAAGAAGAGGAUGAUGAUAAAGAGGAUGAGGAGGAGGAGCGGAUAGCUGUCAAAUGCUCUAAUCAAAGCACAAAACAGUUGUCCUCUGCCCCAACCAGAAGUCCUGAGAAAGACUGUAAAACUCAAGGUCCACAGGUUGAUCUUCACAUAACAACUUUAGCCGAGUUUUAAAUAGUUUUCUCUGCCAGAAGUAAAAAAACAAACAAUAACGAUCGCUUGAUUUGGAAAGAAAAAAAUACUGAAUCAAAUUCUGCUGUCUUAGACUGUAGUGUGUCCAAAGUUAGAGGAGCAGGUUUCAUGUCUUUCUCUCCUUUUUCUGUGUCCUUUCCUUAGUUUGAUGUACAAGCAAACGUAGUAGGUUAUGAAAUGAAUGUAACCUGUCAGUGUACAGUUUUUAGACUUACAGAAAGAAAAUACUGAUAUUUGUAUUCCAGUCUUAACAAAAAGAGUUAUGUGAUCUCUCUAUGUAGCCAAACUGGUUUGAGAAUACAAUAUCUGUUUGUUUUUUUCAAUGUGUCCCCAAAUUAACAAGCCCCCCCAAAAAAGAGGCAGCUUUUUGCACACCAUCUCAGGAAAUUAAGUUUCCGCAGUUGGUAUAUUAUUUUUUUAAAUUUUUUUGUUUUAAAAUUCCUUUUUAUGCCACUUAGUGCUUUUGUUUUUCUACCUGCUUGCCUUUUCGUGUCCCGCUACAUUAGAAAAAGAACUUUAACAAGAGCUAAAGUCGAUCUAAUGUUUGCUUUCGUUCGUUAUGUUAAAGGGGCAUAUGACUUUGCUCUAUGACUUAUGUAAAUGUUUGACCCAAAUGAAGGGGGUUGUGGGAGGAAAGGCUGUUGGAAGGUGGCAAAAUGGUAUGCUUGGCUAGGGCGACUUCAUCCCUAGUCGUGAUUAUUAAUUGCAAAAUAGAGUGGUUGCAUUAAUUAAUCUGUAAAACAAAGCAGGUUGUCUAUAAGGUGAUUCAACAGGAGUUUGUAGCAGCUUACAGUUUGAGACACAGCUUCACAAAAGGUACUUAUGUCUUCUUCAUGUCUGAUGAACCAGUACUUCCACUAUCACAAAGUAACUGUCCAGCUCAUGGAACAUGAAGAGUUCAGCACACCAAGGUUUACGAAUACGCAAAACAUUGAUGAAUCAGUGUGUUGUUUUAUGCUGCUAAAUCAGUAUUUUACUGACGUUGCCCCUCCAGCUCUGAAUCUGUCAACUCAGCAGCAAACUGACUUGAGAAUAUCUGCAUCAAAAAACAUCAACAGUUAUUCAACUGUUCUUCUUUCUGCCAGAACCAUUUUCGGAUCCUGUUUGAAGUUAAACUCACAUGUACAGAUGUCACAUUCAGUUAAGGAGAGUUAAUGGUUACUGACAGAGAAGGAGGAGGUGUGUGCUUGAAGCUGGGUGAAACCAAAUUUACAAAAGUUUGAUUUGCUCCCAAGUCGACCUUUUAAGACUUUUAAAAAUGCUUUAUGGCUUGUCAGUCAAAACAGCUGUCGAAAAGAGGAACAACCUGCAUAUGUGAACGAAAAACUAUGGUUUUACAGAAACUUGAGAGACAUCAUAUAUGCACAAUGAAGUAAAGAUGUUUAAUGAUAGCAUGUCAAAAUGUACGGAUUGCUCCAGUCUAGUAUCCCUUUAACAUUUCAUGAUGGCUCCUACCUGAGUAUACCGUUUAGCCACCCUCUGUGGCCUCUGUGUCUAUGUGUACAUAUGGUGUUCUGCCUGCCUGUGUCAAUGUGACUUGGUUGUAUCUGUGUCUAAAAAAAGCAGCACUGGGAGGAGGGGUGGUGGCUAGUACUCUCCACAAGGCAUCCUUAUAAAGACUGCCAUCUAAAUACACAACUAAACACUAUGUAACAAGCUAAAAAUGCUUCAGAUAAAAAGGUAGCAAACUGAGCCAGUAAUCCAAGUUUCUACUGGUUACAACACCCCACAGUACAAGCAACAGGGUAAAAUAUGUGAAACUCUUUGCUAUCAGGAAUAUUUAUUACUGAUUCCAGCUCAUGUGUUGUUGAUGUUAGCGGGCCAGCUAAGUGACGGUGCUUUCUCGAUCCCCUUCUACCAGCAGCUGAGUAGUAAAAAACAGUUCACUGUUGCCUACCUGGUCGUCUUCAUGGUGAGGUAGUAAGCGUAGCGAUCAGGGAUGGAAAUUUCACUAGCCAUUGGUGAGUAUUUCGCAGCCCAGGCUACAGUGUCCAGUUCUCACUGGCCUAAAUCUAAGCGGGGUGUCUAGGACUGAGGUGACAUUUAAAUAUCACUGUCAGGCUAAAGCCCCAAAAUCCUAAAAGGAAUGCUGAAAUAUUUUGAACUUUACUCUUAAGCGUUCCUCACCAGAUGCCUGUCGUUAUGUGGGGAGGGAAACUCUUUGCUAGCACUUCCUAAUAUAAACUCAAAGCAUUCCUUAUUCAAACUGAUGGAUGCCACAAGUAAAAACAGCAGACUAUCUUUUAAAGUGUCGAGGUGCUCCUUGAAAUUCCAUCCCUGGUAGUAACAUACAGUCCACUGUUGCCUACCUUGGUCCCCUUUAUGGUAAAGUAGUAGGCGUAGCAAUAUACAGUAUACAUAUUCUAUAUUCUACAGUAAAUAUCAUUAUUUUUGGUCAAAACUGACAACCUGACAAAGAUAUGUUUGUGACUGUAUGCAUUUGUAUGAAUUAUUUUAAAAGGAAAUAAACUGUGGAAAGGUGAAA